CUCACGUCUGCUCUCCGUCCUUCUCCUGCUGAUAUUCACCCUAUCGACCGUCACAGGCAACUGCGGGCCUGCCAGCCAGCCAGACUACGCGGCUGUGCGAUACUAAGACGGACUGACCGACGACGGCGAUCACAUUCUCGUGCAAGAGCAGCGAACGACGAAAGUGAGGGGUGCAUGAGAGCAGCAGAAUGACCGACGCCCUCAACCAAUUGCUGCACACCAGCAUGGACAUCACUCUGCUUCUGCGCUGCACGUAUCUGGGCCUAUCGAUACUGGUACUGGUAAUCCACGCCAUCCCGCCGUUGCGGACGCGGUUUAUGUCUUAUGGAGCGCGUCAAGACCCUUCAAUCAUCGUGCAGAAAGUGAGCGGAGGUGAAGGCCGAAGUUACUCACUGGCAACACUGCUAGACCAGGUUGCAGCCAUCUGUGUUCCACACAGCUGGUUCACGUCCUUCUACGCCGUCUCCGUUAGCUGCUCGUUGUAUUGGGCUGCAGAAGUGAUCUUCAAAGGCCCAGCUCUUGCGGCUGCUUCUCAAUUCCCAGUCACGCAGACGCGCUCCAUGACGGUUAAGCAGGUCGAGGUAGUCUGGCUGAUGAUGCUUGCGCAAGGUAGUCGCAGACUCUUCGAAUGUCUGAGCCUGUCAAAGCCGUCACAAUCUCAGAUGUGGGUGGGGCAUUGGAUCCUUGGGAUCUUGUUCUAUGUCUGUACCAACAUUGCUGUUUGGAUAGAGGGGACUUCUGCGAUUCAAACCCAUGAAUUCUCAUCACAAGACAUAGCAUUUUCGCCGCCCAGUUUCCGCACUUUUGUAGGCUUCCUAGUCUUCAUUCUGGCCUCCGGCUUUCAGCACGACUGUCAUGCGUAUCUGGCUGCGCUCAAAACUCGAGGACAGAGUGCCAAUGCAUACAGUAUGCCCGAUCAUCCGGCGUGGAACGUAUCGCUCACUCCGCACUAUUUCGCGGAGUGUCUCAUCUACUUGGCGAUUACAAUAGUGGCAGCUCCAGAAAGGCAUGUCUUGAAUGUGACGAUGCUAUGCGCCUUGAUCUUUGUUGCAGUCAACCUCGGUGUCACAGCCGAUGGCACGAAGAAGUGGUAUACGCAAAAGUUUGGGGCCAAGCAGACGCAAGGCAGAGCAAGGAUGAUACCCUUCAUCUAUUGAAGUCGACAUGCUAUCCGCCUCCGUGUCGUCCAGAUCUCGAACUCGCGAAGUUUUACUCGCCGUGGAUUUACUCAACAGUCGGCAUCCAAUUUGAGCAUUUGACUCUCAUAAGGCGCUCCGUGCGAGACGCAAAGGUCAAAGGAGUCGCCAAUGAUACGACUCCGACGCGCUGCUGUGCGCGCUGCUCAGCGUCCAAGCUCCCCGGGACGAUAGCGACUGUCAUUUGACUCGCUCACAAUGAUCACAAGUACAGAUGAUUGAUUCUCCUCAGACAUGACAUUGAGCGUGCUCGCCUGGGGAGGGAGCAAAGGUCGUCCCAGUUCGCUUGACGCAAACAUAGAGCCUUUACUCGGAAUAGUGGAUAGGACCAAGACGGAUUACGGUCGUCGGAUACAGAGCAAAUGAACAC